AGGAAAGGAGAGGUCUUUUUUUUUUUUUUUUUCUUUUUUUUUUUUCUUUUAGUAUUUCAUAUAAACCCUGGGUGCGAUCCUGAAAUAACGCUACGUGCAAGAAGCUAAGAGAGGACUUCAGGAUCACACAGAAUGUUUAAGCACAAAGAGCGAAGGGCCAUGAAUUUAAAUGACUUUGUGGUGCUUCCGAACAGCACAGCCAAAUCCGUCAAGCUCAAUGCCAGGAACCUGCAGGGGCUGAAGAUGGAGACAGGAAGUUUGGCUCAAGAACGCGAUGAGAUGGAAGAGAGACUGAAGAGGCUGAAAGAGAGGAUGAGCCAAGAGAAGGAGGAGCGUGUGCAAUCCAGCAGUUAUAGAUGGAAGUCUGGACAGCCGAGGCCUUUAAACAAUGCUGCAACGUUGAUAAACCCCAAGAGAACCAAGGAUGACAAGCUCCAAAAGUUAUCAGCUGGGAAAAUGAAGAUCCGUGUUCUGCAGGAUGAACCUCUGACCGCACGGCCCCCACCUCCGUCUCCAGCCACAGCGGCUCCCAAAGCGAUGAGAAAAAGCAAGCUGAAGGGGAUUACGUGUGGACAGUGUGAAGUCAGGACUGCUGGAGUAAAAUGUGCUGAAUGCUCUGAGGACUACUGCAUCGGCUGCUUCUCCAAAUUCCACCAGAAGGGGGCACUGAAGUUCCACUCCAUCAUCCCCAUUCAGACGGAGUUACAGACCCAUGUGAGCGCUCGAGAUGUUGUCAAUAGCAACAGCCUCCAGCCUAAUCCGAGCCGCUAUACCUCUACCUUUUCAAGUCCUAAUCCACAUCACAAUCCUGCUGCACACAAUCACAGCGCCUUGUCCAACUCAUUCACAGAUCAGGGGCCUGUCAGUUCUGUCACCGCUCCACUUACGCAAAGUCAGGACAAUGCCAGUCAGGUGGGACAUAUAAACUGUCUUUAA